AUGGCUGACGAAGAGUUCUUGCUAGACUGCGACAGCGUCUCCAACCUUUCCAGCUUGUCUGGCUUAACCUUUACUAAUAAUGAUGCCUUCCAUGGUACGAAUUCAAGAAUGUGGGACCUGCUUUCCGUGGCAUCCGAUUACGCAUCCUUGGAAGAGAUGAGCUUUGAAGUGGAGUAUGUGGAUGACCUUCUCAUUUCCGACAACAAGCAAAUCUGUUUUUUCGACCACAUCUCGGGACCUAGAAGCGUUGUAUCAGACGACGGAUUCACCUUUGAGACUAUUUCGACAGACGAUGAUAAUGAUGCUAAUGAGGAUUCGUAUUUGGUAUCUGCUGCUCAUAACGACAGCACGUGCUUUGAAGUUCAAAGCGAUUCGGAAUCAUCUGACGACGACGAAAAUGAUACCGACCUAUUCUCGGUUCACUCCAAGCUAACCUCAUUGGACCAAGAAGAGAAGGCAGCCAUGAAGGCGGCGAAAUCGCCUACUUCCGUUGCCAACUUUGGCGAUGGCAGCAGAGCCAUUUUCUCCGUCACUGCGAGCAGUGCACCAAAGGCCAACAGCGCCCCUGCGAAUAAUUGGCGCCUUCAACGUGCCAGAGAAAGAAGAGAACAAGCGCUGAAACGAUGCAACGAUGUGCUCAACAAUGAAACCGCGGUCCCACACCACCACAGUCAGUUGACAACAAAACGCCAAGAUCUUAUCAACUUGGUAUCUGCUAUCGAAGCAAUGGACGGCUCUGAUAUCCUUGCUACUGGUACAUCACAAUUAGCAAAGCAAGCCUCUGCUCCUGCCUCCAGUAGCACUUUAGCAGGAAGAAGACGCCGCUCGCUCGAAGAACUUCGUUCUCGUCAACGCGAGUCGUUGCAAGGACUGAUCAGCGCCUUUCAUGCCGUCUGUGAUAAUAAGAAGGCCCAAACAAACACCAGGCAUUACAACCAGUACAACAACAAGAAGACAAGCUCAGCAGCACCAACCACUCAGCAGCCAAUCUUCACCUGUGUGUAG